GCGGCGUGUUCCGCGCGGGUCUGCGGUGCUCGCCGCCGCGUGGCGAGCACUGCCAUCCGUUAUUCACGGGCCGUUAGGCCGCUGCAAUGGAGAAGCUCUGCCUGGUGGUGGUCUGCCUGCUGGCGUUCGUGGCUGCCGAGCAAGGAUCGGUACAGAAGAGGGAUACUGAAUAUGCCGGCCACGACGGCGCUGAGACGUACAACAACUACUACCAGAGGGCACCGGCUCGCAAACGCAACUCAGGCCCCCUCGGAUGGGUCCAGAACCUCUUCCGCCGCUCGUCGUACGACUCGUACGACUCGGGCUCGAGCGGCAGCGCCCACUCGGGCUACUCAGCCCCCAGCUACCAACAGCAGUCUUACCACCCCAGGCCCAGCAAGGGAGGCUUCAGCAUUGGCGACGUAAUCCUGCCCAUCAUCCUGCUGUGCGCCGGCCUGGGCCUGGGUGCACUGGCCGCCGCCGCCUUCAGCGCCGCGCUGUCCUCCUCCGGUCGCGGCCUCGACUCGGACGAGUGGGAGAUCGACCACUCGGUCUGGAUGGACCAGCUGCAGAAGGACUUCGAGGACUCGUGGGCAACAGAGUAGCGCCGGCCGCCGGCGAUAGAGGCACGGGCCAGCCGCCCGGCCGCCACACUGGGCUACCCCGCUUGUGAUGAGCCCGGCCGCGCCGCCGUCUCCUGAUGGCAAACCGCGGCCAACGCGCUGUUAUCCGCUCGAGUUGACGUUGUUGCCGUUGUUGCUGUUGUCGUUGAAUGUUACGCGGCUAGGGUUGUUGUGACGUGAUUAGAUAGGUAUCGACGUAGGCGAACCAAAUCUUCACCACUUUGUCUGUCCUGACAUUUCAUUCUCAACGUUGUCGUGACAUGUAGACACGUCUCAGCUUAAGUGUUUUAUCUUAUGUUUGACUGCAUCUCUUUGUCUUGCCUACACUUCCUGACUUCCUGAGUAGCUCUUGCCCUUCUUCCAUUUGCCGCCGUGCAGCGUUUAAGGUCUGAGCAGUUCAAUCAGCUUCCAUUUUCGCUCUUUACUCGUGCGCCUUGUUUCUUAUUUGGGCGUCUGCAUUAUCGCCACUUGCCUUAUUACCUCAAAGCCUGCCUUUUACUUCAGUUCCGCACUCAAACAACUCAAGGGCCUCCCUCGAGGUUCCAUGGCCCUCUUUAAAAUGCUAGCAUAAAAGCCGUAAUUUUGCCUUCGCCAAACAGCUGCGAUUCAUUUAAACUGUUCACCUGCGUUACAUGCGUUCAGGUGGUCCGGUAUCCGGCUCUUCAUUUCAUCAAUGCUGUGCCAUGCUCAGUGUAUCAUCGUUCCUGGGGCUAAUAUCCCUACACACUUUUGAGUACGAUCUAAUUGUGACGAAAUGUUAUGGCUUACUGUUCUCCGACAUUUCGCUAGACCGCGCUUAUCUAUCAUCUCUGUGCCCUCAUGCCGCUAGUUCACAUACUAAGCCAUCGCUUUUCCAUUUCGCAACGCGCUAUCCGAUCUUAUCGUACCCAUGCGCCGAUUCAUUUGAGGCUUGUUCUACUGUCACUGUUGUAUGUGUCGCAUCGUGUUACUACCUCUAGUCACUGAGAGUAAACUGAUUUCAGGCUCCCAACCGUUGUGGAGCGUCUUGCCCGGUAAAAUGCGCUAGAACCUUCUCAGCUCAAGGUGGUUCGUUUGUAUGUCCGUCGGACAACAUAUUUUCAAGCGUUCUGUAUCAUUCAGCUUGUUUCUCUUCUGCCUGCGUUACCUACGUCGUGUGCCAAUGACCUGGCAUGAUUUGUCUACUAUACUACGCAUGUUAUUGCCGGUUUCAAUAAAA